AUGUUUUUGCAACGCUCUGCCAUCGCCGCGGCUCGCCGCGCCGCCGUCUCUCCAGUCAUCGCUCGCUCCUUCACCAACUCCCUUGUCCGCCGUGAAGCUGCCAAGGGCCCUUCCACUCCCAACGAGCAGGCUGCUGCCCUUGCCGGCACUGCCCAGAAGAAAGUUGGCGACUACAAGGUUCUGAGUGAUAUCAAGAGUGAAGAUGAUCUUUUUGGGCCUGGUGCCAAGCCCGGUACCGUCCCCACCGAUCUCGAGCAAGCUACCGGUCUGGAGCGUUUGGAAAUUCUCGGCAAGAUGGAGGGCGUUGACAUCUUCGACAUGCGCCCUCUUGAUGCCAGCCGCAGGGGAACCAUGGACAACCCUAUAAUGGUCCGAUCGGCAGGCGACGAACAGUAUGCCGGCUGCACUGGCUCCCCUGCCGACUCUCACGUCGUCACUUGGCUUGGCCUUUCCAAGGAGCGUCCCAUCGAGCGAUGCCCCGAAUGUGGCAGUGUCUACAAGAUGGAUUACGUCGGUCCUGCGGACGACCACCACCACCACCACGCCCAAGAGUUCGAGGAGCCCAAGACCUUUGCCGAUUUCAUCAAGCCUGAGUUCCGAUAUCGGUAG